AUGGACUUGCGACUUCUCGACUACGCCAAGGAAGCUGAAGAGACCGCAGCAGGCCUUCUCUCGUUUGAAGGCGAGAUUCCACAAUACCGCAAAGACGUCAGAAGCUACAUUGCUGAACUAUUCGCUAUAUCACAUGCCCUACAUGAAUUACACGAUGCACUGGAGCUGUCCCGCUAUGGCAGGUAUGCAGGCCACAUCCUGAAGGAUCUAGAGAUAUGUCUCCCAAGCUUGGGGUACACGCUCGACGACGUGCAAGAUAUUUUCAACAGGUCCAAGAAGAGUAGACACACUGCACCGGGCGCUUUUCCUGGCACACCACCGUACGCAAUCAUCUGGGAAGAUGCGCUUACGGAUUUCACCGCACAGGGCAUGUCCUUGCCCCAAAGAUUUGAGACUUUCAGGACAUAUCUACAGGGUAUGCACGACGCUUUGAAAGGGGAAGAUGAUGAAGUAGAACUAGCUAAAUUCAAAGUCCUACUGUCAAGGUUGCUCAAGAAGCAAAAGCCAAUGCCGGUCGAAUCCUACUUCAGUAGGCUUUCGGUACAUGGCAACGGGAAGGGUGGUGCUAGGACGCCAAAGCCGCCUUCCCCCAAGGUGCCCAGACCGAAGAUACACCAACACCCUACAUAUCCGGCGGCUCAGUACGCAUAUCAAGCAUCGCCGCUGCCACUACCCCAUCGAUCUCAUAUUGCACCAACUUGGGGAGGUAUAGGGGAUAUACCGUUUGUUCCACCACCAGUUCCGGAGAUUCCUCAGUCGCCGACAUAUUCGUCUGCGUCAUCCCAGGCUUAUUCAAGCCAAUCGACUGACUCUGAGCCAGUCGCUCACUGGGCGAUGAAGAUCUUUGAUGGUCGCCACGGUUCCACUCCUUUCCGAAGCCCCGCAGAGCCCACCCAGUGCUUUGGAAGGGACGAGCCCCGAGUGAUAGAGAUGCUAGACGGUGAUGGCUUUGAGAAGGUCUUGGAACUACCGUUCGAAGCAACAAAUGUCUGGGUGAGGAUAUACUGGCGACCAGAUGACAAUCGCGCACGAAUACUUUUCCUUACUAUGGAUGCCGACGGACGUCGCCUGAGGCGCCAGAUCCCAAUCACCGCAUUGGCACUGCGGCGCGCGGGACCAUCCCUGCGGCUCUGCCGAGUCAAUCGUGGCGACGGCCAACUUGACAUAUGGGCUAGGUUGCGCUUCCCUCUAUAUGAACGCAUGGUGCUGUUUUAUUGUACCGCCAUUGCUAUGAAGCAUCAGGAUCAAACCGGCAUUGCAGAGGGAUUGGAAGACGUUUUCGUGCCCGGAGAGAAAAUUGUGUUUUCCGGUGAGACGACUGAUAAUAGGUAUCUCCACGCCUUCCGCGUCUACUAUGACACGGACUCGGGCUGCGUGCGGUUCGAAGUUACUGCUCGACGCGGACCGCUCAACACGAUCCCCAUCUGGACUGCAUUUGUUACGCAAUACGUUGGACGUAGCGACUGGAUGAAGCGCGUCAGCCCUGAUACAAUUCAGUUUGAGAAGCUGCAUCCGUAUGUUUUCAGUGACAGCUACAGGCUGCCUAAAGGCCCUACGGGCAAAUACCGAUUGACUUUUACUUCAUCAGAAGAUGCGAAGCAUUUCCGGGACAACUUCCACAGCAUCUUGCCUUGA